GGGGAGGGGCGGUCCGCGGAGCGGAGCUCAGCCUCCCGCCCUCUUCAGUGCUUGGGUCUUUGGGGGUGACACCAAAAGCUCCCCGCUCAGUGUCCGGCGCCUGGCGGCGGGUGUCCGAUCGUGGACGCGGAGGGCAGCUGGGCAGGUGGAGGGCGCCGCCUGAAGCAAACGGAGAGACGAGCUGGGAGCUGCGGGAGGCGCUGCCACCACUCUGCCCGCGCUGCCCCGCAACCCGCGGCGGGAGGAGCAGGCAGCAGCCGGCCCUCGGUGCUCCUCUGGCCGAGCGCGGCGGGCAGCGCGGACCCCCGGGAUGCUGCCGAGGUUGCUGCAGCCGCCGGCGGCGUAGCAGAGCCGAGCCUACUGCUGAGAGAGGCUGAACAAAGCUGGGUCUCAAUCGCGCUUCCUGCUUGUCAGCCUCUUGCCUCCCAAACGCUUAUCGUUUCCACUUGAUGUCAUCACGCAGAAGGGGGUGAAAGGGACACGUGACAGAUUCAGGACUUAGCACAUGUGCGAGUGCUGGAUGCCCUGUGAGCUUGCUGGUUCCCUGUCGACCUUGAGAAGACAAAUCCAGAGUGCUGACUUUUGAGAACGGCUCUUCCACCUUCCUGUUUGGCCCUGCCCUUUGGCUCUUGGUCCAAGAUGGAGACACUCUCCCAGGAUUCCCUGCUGGAAUGUCAGAUCUGUUUUAAUUAUUACAGCCCCCGACGAAGGCCCAAGUUGCUGGAUUGCAAGCACACCUGCUGCUCAGUGUGCCUCCAGCAGAUGAGGACCAGCCAGAAGGACGUAAGGUGCCCCUGGUGCCGCGGCAUCACCAAGUUGCCCCCAGGCUUCUCUGUAUCACAGCUGCCCGAUGACCCCGAGGUCUUAGCAGUCAUCGCCAUACCACACACUUCAGAGCACACCCCAGUCUUCAUCAAACUUCCAAGCAAUGGGUGCUACAUGCUGCCCCUGCCUAUUUCUAAGGAGCGCACACUCCUGCCAGGAGACAUGGGCUGCCGCCUGCUGCCAGGGAGCCAGCAGAAGUCUCUCACCGUGGUGACCAUCCCUGCAGAACAGCAGCCCCUGCAGGGUGGAGCUCCCCAGGAGGCCGUGGAGGAGGAGCCUGACAGACGGGGCGUGGUGAAGAGUUCCACGUGGUCUGGCGUGUGCACUGUCAUCCUGGUGGCCUGUGUUUUGGUCUUCCUCCUGGGCAUUGUGCUACACAACAUGUCCUGCAUCUCUAAGCGCUUCACUGUGAUCUCCUGUGGUUGAAGCCUUUCACAGGGAUGCCUCUUGCGGGUGCCAACUUAGGGGGUGAGCAGGUGUUGGUGAUGGGAUCCCUGUGAUGAGAUGGGGGUGACACUGAGCUUUUGGUGCAAGUGCUGGCCUGCAAUUGGCCACUUGAUCCAUCUAAAGACAAGGGCAGAGAUCUCAGCAAGAUCCCAGGAGAACAGUUUGGAGAUGGUGAUAGCUGUGAAGAUGUUUGCAUGCUUCCUCAUAAUUGUGUAUCCAAUGGUCUGUAAUUUAUGAUUUUCCAAAAUCAAGGUCCCGAGUUAGACUUUUCUACUUAGACAUGAAACUGUACAUGUGGGUGCCAUAGCUCUCUAAAUACGGUAGACAGUAGGUUAAAACAGUUGCUGUGUACGCAAGUAGAAUUAAACCUCAAAUCCAUGUUUGAAAAACAAAAACCGGUGAAGACCCAGAGCUGGCUCCCGUGUGUGUGUGUUUGUGUGUGUGCUUACACAUGUGUGGGUGCAUGAGUGUGUGUGUGUGUGUGUGUGUGUGUGUGUGUGUAUGUGUGUGUGACUGAACCCUGGUCUUCAUAAACUUUUUAUACAUUUUGAAUGGCACCCAAAUCAAAAUAAUCAAAACAGACCUUUUGGCUGUUUGAGGAAAAUAUUUGCACACAUGUCUCCAGUGUGUUGUGCUUUGUCAUGUUCCUUCAUUUCUCUUCAUCUGUGAUUUAAGCUUACUAUGUGCUUGUUAAGCUGGAAGCCCAACAGGCGAGUGAUGGACAGGGAAAUAUGGGCAAUGCCCAAUUCUCCCAAGAAACCUAUAUGCCACUCUUUCUCAAGCCAUCUCACAAGAUAAGAAUUUAAAAUGUAAAUAUUGUGAAUCUCUGUGUGUAUCUUGUGUGCGUAAUUCGAUUUAUCUCAGGUUUUUGAGUUUUUCCUGAAGAAUCCUGGGAGUAAGACUUUGUGGGUGUGCAUAAUAAAUAAGCAGGUGUAUAAAACACCAGCCUCCUGGCCGGUGCCUGGAUCUUCCCCUUCUGGAAUCCCCACGCAUCACCUCCAACAUCCGCUUGCCGCUUUGCUGUGUGUAGCGAUCCCGUGUCAGUAAAGGCUCGGACAGAGCAUCAGAAGAACUGUCAUUUUCCCUCGGUUUGGAGGGCUUUGUUUGAGAGUCACAUGCGUUACUAAUCAAUGACACACCUAGAUGGGUAUUGUCAUAGACAGUCCUUGAUGAUCUUUUCUUUGAAAGAUUUUCCUGUAAGAGUUAACCUGCUUAUAAUCCAAUUUCUUCUUGUUGGAACCAGCAAGAAAAUGUUUUGUAUUUUAAAUGUUUCUACUGCCAAAAGUGGUAUGGUGAACAAAAAUUCAUGUUCUCUAUGUAAGUAAACCAGUUUCUCAUGAGUGCUCAACUAUUUUUAAAUGUGAAUUCCUGAAAAAAAAAAAAAACAAAAAAAAAAGAUCUGUUAGCAUGGAAGGAGCAGUCCCUGUCCCUGGCUGUGUGUGCAUUUGGGAAGAACUGUGAGCGCUGUAGUCCUUUUUGAACUCCGUUUGUGGAACGAGUGAUGUUUGUCAAGGUCUCCACUCAGCUGUGCUCCUCUCUGCUGUUGUGUUGAAUCCAUGAAAUGAUGGGAAGGAUGGGAAAGGCAAAGGAAACAGACAGGCUCUACAAAGCCGGGUCAGAAGCAGCCCUGGGACAUGGAGGCAGUGAUUGACAUGCUAGCUUUCGUCUUCAAGCUGCCCAACAGACGUGUGCUAAAGUGAUGACUUUGCAGUGAAAUAAAACAAAGGAGUAACAUCUAGAGUACAAAGCUAACAAUUGGCAUGAAAACUCAACGUCAAAUCAUGAGCUCUGCCUUUUAAUACCUUUCAAAUUUGUAAGACCUUUAGGAAAAAAAAUGUAUUUGAGGGCUCAAACUAGAAAUUAGGUUAAAAUACCAUUUUAUCAUGUAAGCUAUUGGGCAUUAUACAACGAAUAAUCUAGGAUUUAUUUGGUAUUAAUAAUUUAGGUAUCAUUAGCUGAAUACUAUCCUCUAUUAUGUAACAUAAUAUACUGUUGGGUUAGCGUCAGUUUCUCAAACUCUCAGGCUGCUCUAAUGCAUGUCUGACCCACUUUCUAUUUCUCUUGGAGGAGAAAACACACAUAGACAGAAAUGUUGCAUAAAGGAUGUUAUGUUUCCAGUGGAUGCUACUCUUGCAAUUUUAAGCCAGGCCAUAUUUAAAUUCACUUGUGGGAGAUAUCAGCAUUCCUUUCUGUACAGUAGAAAAUGACCGAUCCUAUAGAACAGUGUGUGAAGCGCUCUAGUUGUUUAGAAAACUAUUUAUAGAUACUAACAUAUGUGUUGAUAUGGUGUCCUGUGGUUUUUAUUGCAAGGCCGCAUAGUAAAAUUGUCCACAGAACUCUUAAAAAGUCCAUGUUAGAGCUGUAAUUAAGCAAAAUUGAUCUGCUCCCUGGUAGACUCUUACAACCUGACCUUAACAACCCAAGUCAAAGCUUUUUAAACGUGUGUUUGAUCUAAGAAACAUUAUUUAAAACUGUUCAAAUGGAUUCCGCCUAUGGUUUGCAUAUGUGCUUAUUAGGGUGUGUGUAUGUGUAUGUUUGUGUGUGUGUGUUUGUGUCAGAGGAGGGGGUGAGGAGGCCUGCCAAUUUCUAUAUACUUGAUGUUUCAGUUUCUUCUGGAAUUUACCCACAACACUAAAAAUUUAUCUACCCCAUGUGGGACAAGCAGCCAGGGCUUAGAGUCAUAUGCCAGUGGCAGGUACAGCAGUUAUAGCCGAAAGGAACCUCUAGUGGCUUCAUCUUGCAGAAGGGUCCAUUGGGGGCAUGUAGAGAGUAGUAGUGUGCAGGUUCUAAUUCUAUAGCGAGAAGACAAGACCUGUUUCCUGCUGUGCCCGUUAUUCUCCCUGGGCACACCACCUUCCUGUCAGGCUAUGAUCCUUUACAGGGUCUGAGGAGGCCCUUUGCUGUGUCAGCUAUUGUUUUAAGGGUUGUUUCAGAAAUUUAUUUAUUUUUUUUAGAUAGCUUCCUUUGGGGGAAGAAAAGAGGGGUUGGUUUAGGGAUGAAUAUAGAUAUUGAAAGAAAACUUUUAAACCAUGUGGUUUGGAUAUUUAGACGUGUAAAUCAUCAGCCAGGACCCUGUCCCCCAAAUGUCAAAGAUGAUGAGUGCUGUGUAAAUAGUAACCUAUAAGAAGCAUGAAUUUCCUCUUUGUUAAUGAUCUUGACAUAAGCAAGAGAAUGCUUACUCUGUUCGGUAGAGCCAAGUAUGGCACUUCAUACGUCGUCCUUAGAAAAAUUUUGUAUAAUGACCUGGGACAUAAAUUGUAACGACAAAGGCAAAUUAGUCCUGAAUCUCAAUCACACCUCAUUAUCAGGAAGAUCUGAGGCUGUUUAAGAAAUAGAAUUAAAUUUCACCCUCUGCAUGACUCACAGAGUGGGUCUGUUGGAGUGUCAGCUGUGUGUUAGUUCGGCUCAUGGAAUUUUCUAGAUCAGUCCUGUUUGAUAGGACUCUUGGGGUUGAUGGAAACUGCUCUGUAAUUGUUCCGUGUUGUUUAGUAGAGUGGCCACCAGCCACGUGGCUGUUAGGCAGUUACGUGGGGCGGACUGAAGAAGGGACUUGUAAAUGUUAUUUAAUUUUAAGUAACUUAAAGUUAAAUAUUCCCAUAUGGCUUGUGACCACAUUGGCCAUAAUGACAUCAGGAAGUUCACAAAGUACAGUAAGGCCAAGAGAGUUUGUUGACUAGUAACAGUUUGUCAAAAGCAAUUCCUUUCUAGCUUAAAAAAAGUUUAUGGGCUCCAGUGGGGAGGGGUGGUAAUAAAAUUUCAUCCAUUGCCCUUUGGGGUUAUUGCUUAGAUACUUUGGACCAAGGAAUGAGCAGUGGAGCUUAAAGAGAACUUUAUUAAGCCCCCUUUUCUGGAACCAUUAGCUGCAUGUGAACCUUUUGUCCAAAGCUCAUAGCUAGACAGUAGCUGUAAAUUUUUUGACUUGCAAGCUAUGCAUGACCUGUGCUGUGAAACUGUGUGUAGGGUCUUGUGGCCAAAAAAAUGAGUCAAUGUUACAGAAAAUCAAAUAAAUAAGAGUCUGAUGAAAUCCCCGUUCACUUUUGAUCUCUUUCCCGACUGCAUCACUGCAUCAGUGAGGUGGGAAAUCCACGGUCAAGCAUGCACUGCGGUGUUUACAGUGUCCCUAUUUGCCCUUGAAGUCAACCAGUUUGUCAUGUAUUUGGUGUGGGUAUAUGUGGACGCCAGGCUAGAAUGGCAGGCACUACUUUUAGAGUGAGACGUGACAUUGUUGAGUGUCUCUCUUUUUAAAUUUAGUUAUCAUUAGAAGGUUUGAAACUUUGCACAAAAGCACUUUUUUUUUUUUUUUUACAUUUUUCAUAGUUAAAAAUAAAAAGCAAAGCAUGGCUCAAUGGAUUUUAGAAACUGAAAGGUUGUUAUGGCUGCUCUGUUGAGUUACUCUUACGUGAGUAAAGAAAAGCACAGGGUCCAGCUUGAGAUACAUUCCAUAUAAAGCUCAGACUGCAGCUGUCGCUGAUAGUCUGGCUCCUAUCUCUGCUUAGAUUGUGAUUUAAAGUUCUCCCACCCCUUCCUUUGAAAACCUGUGCUAUGUCAGAAUUCCCUAGCCUUCCUCUUCAUUGUGCCCCCAACCCCCGCCCCAGUGUAAUAGAAGCCAACUGUGCUGGCUUUGAUGGAUCAGAAUUGGGCUGAGUUUCCAAUUCUGCAGCCGUUCUAUAGAGAGCACUGCUCUUUGGGGCUGGUCUUCAACGUGUUGGCCAAAUGGUGUUUUUUCUUAAGACUUUUGUAAGUUAGGAGGCCAGGCCGACAGUGAUUCAUAUGCUAUGGGCGAUAUACCCAGACAAGGGCGCAGCUCCUCUCUCUUUAGAAGAAUAAUGUUAUAGACCAGGCAACAUUCUAGAACCACACCAGACGUUGUCCAACUCAUACCCUGGACCUAGAUGGAGAAAUUGCUUCUUGACUUUUCCAUCAUAAUCAGUAAAAUAUCACCUGCAAAGUGAUCCUCAUCCACAUAGAAAUUCCAAGCAAGAGUGAGAUCUCCAAGAGAAUUUACCCAUGGUGUCUAUUUGAAAGAGAUAGUUGCUGGAUCUUUCUCAACCUGAAACUCUUGAAAAAUAAGUUGAAAUUCAAGCCAUUUUUUUUCUGAUAUAAUUGACUGACUAUACUACACAUGCACAUACAUGUGCACACACACACAGACACUUUAGGUGUAAUUGAAGUUAACACAAAGUAGAAAAAAUCAGCAUAACUUUCUCAUCCAUGGAUCACAAAAUACUGAAUUUAUAUAUUAAUUUUUAAACAGCUGCUAUGAACUCCAUAUGCCAUGUCAAACCAACUACUUUGGAAAAUGUCUUAAACUCUUGAGAUUUCUCCACUUACAAAGAGGUGGGUACUACUAUGUAAUGUCAUUGGAAAACCAUUGAUCACUGACAAACUGAGCAGACAGGGCAUUUGACUUCUGAAUUCUAAAUAGUGUUUCUCUCUCUUUCUUUUCCUUCCUUCCUUCCUUCC